GUGUAUUAGUGCGCUAGAGGGCAGCAGCAGCCGUCUGUCCGAUAUGCCAUUCAGCAAACGAAGAAGCCGAUUCUUUUAGUACUGGAGCCCAGCGUGUCAGAAUGGCGAACGCGGGAAAUGAAGUCUUGUUUAAAAAGGAAACUGUUGCCAAACUUUUGACACGCUUUUUCAAGGAGGACAAAACCAAAGUCAGCAGUGAUGCUGUCAUACUUGUAGCAGAGAUGUUGAAAGUAUUUGUUGAAGAGGCGACACGCAGAGCCGUAAAACAGGCCGACAGUGAGGACUGUGACACUGUUGAUAUUGAACACUUUGAAAAGAUUCUGCCACAACUGCUUCUUGAUUUUUAAUUUUGCUGAGGAGCCAGCAGAUGGCAACAUAACCUAGUUCUGCUGAACAUGAACAUCCUGGACUUCACUUUGAAUAUU